GGAAGUAGUUUUAUUUAAUUUUUUUUUUCGCUGCUCGCGAUACUGACGUCACGGGCGUGUCGCCACCGGUGGAAGAUGGAGGCCUCCGGUCUGACGGUGAAUAACAAGAUGAGGACGGGAGUUGGGGGUGUUACAGUUGGAAGUCCCCAACCUGGCAAAGGGCGAGAGUAUAACCGCAAUCAACGCAAAGACUCGGAGGGUUACUCGGAGUCACCAGAUCUUGAAUUUGUGUAUGCUGAUGCGGACAAAUGGGCUGCAGAACUAUCAGAGCUGUACAGUUACACAGAGGGUCCAGAAUUCCUGCUGAACAGGAAAUGCUUUGAAGAGGAUUUCAGAUUACAUGUUCCUGAUAAGAAAUGGACAGAGCUAGACAUAUCUCAGCAGCGUGCACACACCAUGCGUCUCCUGGAUGCACUAGAAGUCACGGCAAGAGAGAAGAGACUUAGGGUGGCUCGGGCUAUUCUCUAUGUAGCACAAGGUACUUUUGGGGACUGUACCUCAGAAACUGAAGUUCAGACAUGGGUACGACAUAACAUCUUUCUUUUGCUGGAAGCUGGCGCAUUCAAUGCUCUCGUAGAACUUCUAAACAUGGAAGUAGAAAACAGUGCAGCUUGCAGUAAUGCAGUGAGGAAACCUGCUAUUUCAUUAGCUGACAGCACAGACUUGCGAGUUCUGUUGAACAUUAUGUACCUGAUGGUGGACACUUUGCGUGAAGAGGGAGAAGGGGACAGUGCAGAGUGGAAAGCCAUGAGGCAGACGUUCCGCUCAGAACUAGGGUCCCCCCUGUACAACAGUGAACCCUUUGCUGUGAUGCUCUUUGGUAUGGUUACAAAGUUCUGCAGUGGCCAUGCUCCUCACUUUCCCAUGAAGAAAGUGUUACUACUCCUGUGGAAAACUGUGUUGUGCACCCUUGGUGGCUUUGAAGAGCUGCUGGAGUUGAAAUCUCAAAAGCGAGAGAUGCUGGGCCUUCCACCACUUCCUGAAGACAGUAUUAAAGUAAUUCGGAAUAUGAGAGCUGCAUCCCCUCCAGCAUCUGCAUCUGACUUAAUUGAACAGCAACAAAGGAGAGGUCGGCGGGAGCAUAAGGCCCUCAUUAAGCAGGAUAACCUUGAUGCUUUUAAUGAGCGAGACCCGUACAAAACAGAUGAUUCUCGUGAUGAAGAAGAAGAAAAUGAUGAAGAUAACAGUCUUGAGGGGGAACCUUUUCCUUUGGAGAGGGAAGAGGUUAUGCCUCCAGCAGUAACAAAUCCUUCCACUGAUCGUUUAGCAUUCCCAAAAGGUUUACCUUGGGCACCCAAAGUUAGGGAGAAAGAUAUUGAAAUAUUUUUGGAAUCCAGUCGUAGUAAAUUCAUUGGGUACACUCUGGGCAGUGACACUGACACAGUGGUUGGGCUACCACGUCCCAUUCAUGAAAGUAUUCGCACCCUAAAGUUGCACAAAUACACGUCUAUUGCAGAGGUUCAAAUAAGGCUAGAAGAAGAAUUCUUAAGAUGUCCUCUGUCUGGGGGAGAAGAGGAGGUAGAGCAAGUUUCUGCAGAAAUACUGUACCAAGGACUCCUUCCUAGUCUGCCCCAGUAUAUGAUUGCCUUACUGAAGAUCCUGCUUGCUGCAGCUCCUACCUCCAAAGCCAAAACAGAUUCCAUUAAUAUUCUGGCAGAUGUGCUACCUGAAGAAAUGCCGACCACAGUACUGCAAAGCAUGAAACUUGGAGUAGACGUAAAUCGGCACAAAGAGAUUAUUGUUAAAGCAAUUUCUGCCGUGCUGCUUUUGUUGCUGAAACACUUCAAACUAAAUCAUGUUUAUCAGAUGGAGUACAUGGCACAACAUCUAGUUUUUGCUAAUUGUAUUCCUUUAAUAUUGAAAUUUUUUAAUCAGAAUAUCAUGUCAUACAUUACUGCCAAGAACAGUAUUUCAGUUCUGGAUUAUCCAUACAGCGUUGUCCAUGAGCUGCCAGAGUUAACUGCUGAGAGUUUAGAAGCAGGAGACAACAAUCGGUUUUGUUGGAGAAAUUUAUUUUCUUGCAUUAAUCUUCUGCGCAUUUUGAACAAGUUGACAAAGUGGAAGCACUCAAGGACAAUGAUGCUUGUAGUUUUCAAGUCUGCUCCUAUCCUUAAGAGAGCCCUAAAAGUAAAACAAGCAAUGAUGCAGCUGUACGUGCUGAAGUUACUUAAAGUCCAAACUAAGUACUUAGGACGGCAAUGGCGGAAAAGCAAUAUGAAAACAAUGUCUGCCAUAUAUCAGAAAGUUCGGCAUCGUCUCAAUGAUGACUGGGCAUAUGGGAAUGACCUGGAUGCGCGUCCUUGGGAUUUCCAAGCAGAGGAAUGUGCUCUCAGAGCCAACAUUGAACGCUUCAACUCGCGGCGCUAUGAUCGGACUCACAGAAAUCCUGACUUUCUCCCUGUUGAUAACUGUCUUCAGAGUGUAUUGGGACAGAGAGUGGAUUUGCCAGAGGACUUUCAGAUGAACUAUGAUCUCUGGCUUGAAAGAGAAGUGUUUUCUAAACCCAUAUCCUGGGAGGAGCUACUCCAGUAAUUCAUAUCUGUGCAGAGUGAUUAAAUUACGUAACACUCCAAUCCUUGAAACAAUAUGAAAUUCCGAAAUGCUAUUUGUUACAAGCUUUUUUUUUUUUUUUUUAGUGUGCAAUAUGAUCAAGCUCUCCUGAUUUUCCAGCUUUAGCCAUAAGCCUUUUUGAACUGUAAAGAUGUGUGCCUCAUGUUAUCCUGAAAAUUCCAGAACCAGUUAAUUGGAGAGGCUCUGUUUAUUAUUUAUGAUACUCCAUUACAUAUGAUGUCACAUUCCUUUUGAUGUGUCUUGAAGAAAAAGUUUUUUUUUUUAAAUGUACUUGUGGACUUUGUUCUCAUUAAAAUAAAUGGGAUUCCUUUA